AUUUUUUCACAGGAUCAGUACCAGCCAAAAAGGCUCUGGUUUCCAAACCCGCAGAAAGAAGGGUAUCAUAAAAAAGCUCGCAACUACAGAGGGAAUCAGUUAAAGUCAAUCCUGCGAAUCUAUCGAUGGGUGGGAAUGCCGAUGAUCAGCGCUAUGGACGGUGGCCGCGCCGGUUACUUCACGUUCCCACCAUGACGUCGCUCGAAUGGCAACCCGGCAACCGCUACGGCGCGUCGAUAUGUCCCCCGUACAAUACGCUAUCGUAUACCUGGGGCAGAUUCGUUUUGAGAGAAGAGCAGAUGCCGCAUGUCCAGGCAUUGCCGGUCAGGUUCCAAGGCCACAGGACUUGGAGUAUUCCACGCAUCAAUCCUCAGCACUUCACCGUGGACGAAUUCCAGGCCGCCGUACAACUCGCCGUACAAGUAAAUGAGACAACGGAGAAAAACGUCGAACACCUGUGGCUCGAUAUUGCUUGCAUUGACCAGGAGCACGCAAGAACAAAGCACGCCGAGAUAAACCGGCAAGCUAUAAUUUUCCAGCAUGCGCACACAUCAAGUGUGUGGUUAACUCACAUCGAUGAAUGCACGCUCACUGAGGCCAUCCAUCGACUUCGUGGAGUCCACAAUCCAUGGUCAUCUAUCACACUCCCCGAUGGCCGAGUAUACGCGAUUCCACAUCAGAGCAAGGAUAUGGAGAUUGAGACGGCGAAGCACUGGCUACGGAUUUGGCUGCAGCCAGUCCAAGAUGCCAUUCAGAAAGCUCUGCUUGACACGGCCGCGACCGGGGAGCAAAUGGAAGCUCAGCGCUUCGGCAAUUCUACCUUCCUGGGCACAGUCAUUUUCUUCCUGGCCCCGGGCGGUACGGCGAGCGACGAAUCGACAUCAUCCAGCCAGUCCCCUCGUCUUAUGCAAACUAUCUGUGGUGCAUGGCUCCGCCUACUUCCACGGCAGGCUGUGCUCCCUAUAUGA